AUGCAAAAGUCUGUAACAGCAACGCCACCACGCGCACUUCGUCUUGGGACUCUUGGCCUCCGUACUCGUUCUCGUUCUCCAUCAACUCCUCGCCCUCGCCGAUAUUCUUUUGCUGCCCUUGACUCUUUUCGUUACCAAAUGGCUACAUCAAAAGUGCAACCCGAGAGUAACUCUAAAGUCCUGAUUUUAGGAGCCGGAAACUUUGGUUCUUGUCUAGCUGAACAUCUGGGCGACUCUGACCACCGCGUUUUCCUUUGGGCACGGGAAGAAGAUGUCGUCAAGCACUUUAAUUCCACACAGAAACAUUCCAAAUACCUACCUGACCAUACCUUCUCCAAAAAUAUCGUUGCUGUCGGCCCCGAACUCCCCGAUGGCACGUUUAUCAAUGAGAUGGAUGUUGUCCUGUUCGCCAUUCCCACUCAAUUUCUCAGACAAAACCUUGAGAUCCUCAAUUCCUCUUUCGACAAGGGCAAACUUCCAUUGCUGAUUUUUGUGAACAAAGGCAUAGAAAUCGGCACAGACGCUUUGACUCUCGAAAUUAUCGCGGACACAUGUGGUGUCGAGGUUGCGAAAGCUGCGACGUUCAUCUCCGGUCCAUCCUUUGCGAAAGAAAUUGUCCGAAGGAAGCCGACAUCUGUUUCGGUCGUCUCUUUUACGGAAGCGGAGGCAAACAAAACUGCAGCACUUUUCCAUCAGCCACAUUUUAGAUGUUAUACGGGCAGUGACCCUAUUGGCGUUGAGUUGUCAGGAGCACUCAAAAAUGUGUAUGCUAUCGCCGCUGGAAUGAGCGAUGGUCUUGGAUACGAAAACAACACGCGCGCCAUGAUCAUUACUCGUGGUCUUGCUGAGAUGACUUGCAUUGGGACAGCAUACGGCGCUUCUCCACUUACAUUUCUUGGACUAGCGGGAGUAGGAGAUCUUUUUCUGACGUGUAGUUCGUCAAGCAGUCGGAAUUACACAGUGGGAAAACGCCUUGGGCAAGGAGAACAGCUGGACACCAUCAUCGAAACACUUGGAAGCGUGGCAGAGGGCGUAUCGACCGCUAAGAGUGUGCGAGAACUGAUUAGAAAAUUGGGGGUAGUAAAUUGCCCGAUAGCUGAGCGCGUUUACGAAGUGCUAUAUGAAGGGAAAUCGACAAAUACCGCAGUGACGGAGUUAAUGCUUUUACCGCAGUCGAGGGAGUUGACUUUGCCGCCGACCAUAGGGAAGCCCGCAGAAAAAUUGUUACAACGCCUGGGAUUGUAG